ACUAGGGCCGUGGGCGCGGGCUGCCAGUCGGGUGGGAGGCGCCGUAGCAAAAGUUCGGGGCACCGGUGCCGGUGGCUCGUGCCAUGGAGCCGAGCCCCGACGCGUCCCCUGGGCCUUCCCGCUCCUUCAAGGAGGAGUUACUCUGCGCUGUCUGCUACGACCCCUUCCGCGAUGCUGUCACUCUGCGCUGCGGCCACAACUUCUGCCGCGGGUGCGUGAGCCGCUGCUGGGAGGUGCAGGUGUCGCCCACCUGCCCUGUGUGCAAGGACCGCGCCUCGCCCGCCGACCUGCGCACCAACCACACCCUCAACAACCUGGUGGAGAAGCUGCUGCAGGAGGAGGCCGAGGGCGCGCGCUGGACCGGCUACCGCUUCCAGCGUGUCUGCCGCCUGCACCGUGGCCAGUUCAGCCUCUUCUGCCUCGAGGACAAGGAGCUGCUGUGCUGCUCCUGCCAGGCCGACCCCCGGCACCAGGGGCACCGCCUGCAGCCAGUGAAGGACACUGCCCACGACUUUCGGGCCAAGUGCAGGAACAUGGAGCACGCUCUGCGGGAGAAGGCCAAGGCCUUCUGGGCCAUGCGGCGCUCCUAUGAGGCCAUCGCCAAGCACAAUCAGGUGGAGGCUGCGUGGCUGGAAGGCCGGAUCCGGCAGGAGUUUGAUAAGCUUCGUGAGUUCCUGAGAGUGGAGGAGCAGGGCAUUCUGGAUGCCAUGACCGAGGAGACAAGGCAGAAGCAGCUUCUGGCCGAGGAGAAGAUGAAGCAGCUCACAGAGGAGACAGAGGCGCUGGCACAUGAGAUCGAGCGGCUGCAGAUGGAGAUGAAGGAGGAUGAUGUUACUUUCCUCAUGAAACAUAAGGGCCGAAAACGCCGACUCUUCUGCACCAUGGAGCCCGAGCCAGUCCAGCCCAGCAUGCUUAUCGAUGUCUGCAAGUACCUGGGCUCCCUGCAGUACCGAGUCUGGAAGAAGAUGCUUGGAUCUGUGGAAUGUGUGCCCUUUACCUUUGACCCCAACACCGCAGCCGGCUGGCUCUCCGUGUCCGAGGACCUUACCAGUGUCACCAACCACGGCUACCGCGUACAGGUGGAGAACCCGGAGCGCUUCUCCUCAGCGCCCUGCCUGCUGGGUGCCCGCGUCUUCUCGAGGGGCUCGCACGCCUGGGAGGUGGCCCUGGGGGGGCUGCAGAGCUGGCGGGUGGGGGUGGUGCGUGUGCGCCAAGACUCAGGCGCCGAGGGUCACUCGCACAGCUGCUACCACGACACGCGCUCGGGCUUCUGGUAUGUGUGCCGCACACAGGGCGUGGAGGGGGACCACUGCGUGACCUCGGACCCAGCCACGGCACCCCUGGUCCUGGCCAUCCCACGCCGCCUGCGUGUGGAGCUGGAGUGUGAGGAGGGUGAGUUGUCUUUUUAUGAUGCGGAGCGCCACUGCCACCUGUACACCUUCCACGCCCGCUUUGGGGACGUGCGGCCCUAUUUCUACUUGGGGGGUGCGCGGGGAGCUGGUCCCCCUGAGCCUUUGCGCAUCUGCCCUCUGCACAUCAGCAUCAAGGAAGAACUGGAUGGCUGAACUGGCCCAAGCCUGCUGGCGGCUGCCCAGGUCUUGUGCCACCGCACUGUUUUCUUUCUGCCCCCUUCCUAAUGCCACACUGCCUGGGCGCCACUGUGCCCCGCCUCGCCAGGCUCUUCCUUUUGUCCCCUCUGGUCCUUUUCAGUGACUCCAGGCCACGCCUCUCUCCAUGUUUGGUCCCUUCUCAGCCCACGGUCAGGAGCCAUCAUGUGGCACCUCGCUGGCCAGGCUCUCCCGAGUCGUGGCACCUCCACAAUGUGAAUUUUCUGAAUCCUCAUUCCAGGACUUCUGGGAAUAAUGUUUACUUCUAGAAUGGGCCAGUUUUAAACCAUCUCAUCCAGGUGUGGUAAAGCCAGUGGCUGAGGAGAGGACUGCCCUGCAAAGGAGAGUUUGUUACUCAUGGUUCUGGGAGGAGGGGCCACAUAGGAAAGCCCCAGGGUGUGUCAGAAGGUGGAAGGAGGGAGUGGAAUGUGUGUGCAAGAGACUUCACUGUGGUUUUCUCAGGAAGCAAUGGGCAAGGCAGGGUAAGCAGGGAAGACAGGUUUAGGGGUAGCUGGCUUGAGUAACUCAGUGGCUCUCGGCAUAGGGGCUGCCUUCUUUGUCUGAUACCUCUCCCCGGGAUAAUCAGGACGGGAGAGCCACGCGAAGGAGGCAGCUGGUGCUAUUGCUCCGAAUUCGAUGGUUUCCAUAGGAGAGGCUGCUCUCAGCCCGAUGCUUGCUGUCUGUAGGGACUGGGGGAUUGGCUAGCCGGGGAGGAGCAGUCUGUCCAGGUCAGCGUGGCCUGGAUGCCAGAGCAUCAAGAGUACAGGAGACAAAGUUACUGCAGGGCCUCUGCGUGACUGAAUCCCCUCUCUCCAUCAGAUCAGCUCUGAUUGAUCUAUUUAUACCUGCACGGUUUCCUCUGAACGCAGGCUUCCAGAACACCUUCAACACAACGUUUUUAAAAUCGUGGUUUGGCCUGUUCCCUUGCUGGGCCCCAGUUUCCCCACCUGGAAAUGAGAUAGGACUGGAUGAGGAUGUCUUGCUGUAGUUGCUGUGGAGGAAAUUCCUCUGGUUCAUUCUCAUCAGCAUUUGCAAAAAGGAAAGAACGAGGGCACCCUUUUCAGUUGGGAGGAAAGGAGAGGGGUGGCACCGUGGACGUGGCCCUAGACGCUGCGGGAGAGGGAAGAGGAGGCUGGGCCUUGCUGCCUUCUUGUCUCUGCUGACUUCAGCCAGCUCAUGCUCACUCUGCCACUUGUGAUUUCAUCCCGAAUUUCUUCCUCCGCCGUGCCUGCCACCCUCUUGUCUCUGCUGACUUCCGCCAGCUCAUGCUCGCUCUGCGCCUUGCGAUUGCAUCCCAGAUUUCUUCCUCCGCGGUGCCUGCAGACUUUCCUGGGCUUGUUUUUUCUCCUGCAUCUCUCAAGAGAGUUUUUAAUCGUCAACUCACCGUGUCCCAGGAAGUGGCAUCAUAAAAGGAUUUUUUUUUUUCCUAAAAGCAGUGUUAAAAUUGGGGUCACAUUCUUGACCAAGGACUCUGCAUCCCACCUCCUGCCCAUUCCGGUUCACAAAAACUGACAUUUUAAAAAAUCAUGACUCACACCUGUCAGUUGGUUAUCAAUGUGUUGUGUACACUGGUUACAUAAAAGUUAGGGCUACAAGGAGGGCCCAGGUAGGAGCUGCCAGUGUGUGAAGGGGCUGGGUUAGGUGUGGUGAUAAUGUUGGAAAAUCAGUGCAUGCACCUGGUUGGAGGAUGCCCAGCCUCAGAAAAGCUCCAAGCCCUUUGGGAGCCAAUGCAUCCGGGAGUGUGACUUUCUCUAUAAGAGAAAGUAUUUACCCUACCCAUCAAUAUCAUUUUGAUAUAAUAAACUUGACCUGAAAUUA